AUGGCAAAAAGACCAUUAAACAAACAAGCAUUUUUCGAAGAAGUGAAUACUAUAUUCUAUACAAAAAGGAAUGAAAUAAUUUCAAAAGAUGAAAUCAAGACAGGAUCAAAAAUCAAGAUCCAUAACUUCAAGAAUAAUGAAAGAAAACCAAUGGACAAAUCUAAGGCUAAAUGCUUUAAAUGUCAACAAUACGGUCAUUUUGCAAGAGAUUGUACUAAUGAAAGAAAAGAAUCCUUCAAAAAAAUUGAUUCUAGAAGAAUGACAAAAAACUUUCCUAAAACAUUCAAACGACCAUGUCAAUACUGCAAAAAGUUUCCACCAAGACAAGAAAGAACAUGUCCAAGAAAUAAUAGAAAAUAUUACAAUGGAUCAAGAAGUAACUAA